GUUAUGAUUAACUGCUCAGGGGAAGAGACUUCUGACAAUAAAAUAAAUAAAGAUGUCUCAGUGUUAUCUUUGGAUAAGGAGGGCGAGGUAAGCGUCCCGUUUUCAAUAUCGGGUGCGUCAUCAAAAGAGUCGGCCUAUGUGAGGUCACCGACCCCACCCCGCGGGGUGUCGGACACAACUACUCGUAAGAGGAAAGCGGGGCCGAUGCCUAACGAUGAAGAGGAAGUAGAUAAUGCCUCGAAUAAAGGGACAGGUGGCAGCAUGGCGUCGUCGUCUGGUUACAAGUGCACGCUUAGUCCCGAACUCCUGAAGAAAGCUAAAAAGGAAUUGUCGGAAGACCCCAACACAACGAGACAGGAAAUUAAAGCGCUGAGAGAAAGAUUGGAACGAAUUCCAGGUCUGAAGGCACGGACUGAUGAUGCCUUUAUUCUGCGAUUCCUCCGAGCUCGUAAGUUUGACCAGGAGAAAGCAUUCACUCUGGUGAUGAAUUUUUACAAAAUCAAAUUCGAGCAUGCGGACAUGUUUGCCACCAUGAAGCCCUCGUACGUAAAAGAAGCAUUGGAAGAUGGGGUCACCGGUAUGCUGGAACACAGAGACAAAGAGGGAUGCAAAGUGAUCAUGUUUAGACCAGGCCGAUGGAAUACAGAUAAAUACGACGUCUGGGACAUGUUUAAGACAAACUACAUGUCUCUGGCUAAAGUUAUACAGGAAGAAGAAACUCAGAUACAUGGUUUGAGAAUGUUUCUCGAUUUGAGCAACUUGACGUGGACCCAUGCAAAACAAAUCACUCCAACAUAUGCAAAGUGCAUUACUGGAUUGUUUCAGGAAUCGUUUCCAAGCCGAUUUAAGGGAAUCCAUUACAUCCACGAGCCGGCAUUCUUCGACUAUGUGUUCAGCCUCCUGAAACCACUUCUCAAGAAGAAGAUUAUUAAACGCAUUCAUUUCCAUGGGCCACGAGUUGAAGAGCUGCGUGAGUAUGUGGAUGAAGAAUAUCUCCCCGAAGAGUAUGGCGGCAAGGCUCCACCGUUUUCCAACAAGUCAUGGGCAGAUAUGCUGCUGAAUUGCGAGGCGGAAUUUGAAGAAGACAUGAAGUAUGGGAUGGUCGACAUGACCUUGAAGACCUCUACCAAGGGCAAGGUCGAUGCCACAGACUCUCUUCCAGGCAGUUUCAAAAAGCUGAAUGUUGACUGAGUAGUACUGAAAACUACAAUGAUCGGCAUUCCAAAACACUAAUUUGGUCUUAUAUUAAAUUCCGUUUUUUAAAUUAUAUAACAUGACAUUUAUCAUGAUUAUGAUGAUAACAGAUUUUAAUUCAUAACAAUUUUAUUUUUAUUCCUAAAAUUUAUUUUUUUAAAACAUGGAUGUAUCAGUAAUGAAAAUGGCUUCUGGAAACUAAUAUUUUGCUAAAACUGUACCAACUUUUAAAAUUGUCCAUUUUGUAAAUUCACUGAUGGUUCACCGUGGAACAAAUUUUGGUUGAGUCAGUUUUCAGAUAUGUAGAGUAUUUACUUCGAAAUUAUUACAGAAUAUUACAGUGUUCGAGAUUAACGGUAUCCCGAUAUCCCGGGGAUAUCAGAAUUUA